UUAAACCGGGGCUUAGUCAGUAUAAAUUACAAUCACAACACGAUAAGAAGCAAAAGAUGAGCGAGAUUUUUAAAAACUUCUUCGGAAAAUUACUUCAACCGAUAAUGUCUGAUGACGCUUCCGCCAAUGAAGAACCCAUCGAACAGCCAAUAAAGCCGCGCCGCAGCGCACGUUUGGUGCUCAUGCAGGAGCGGAAGCGCCAUGUCGAGCAGGAGCUGAACAAGCGAGUGGAGACACAAUUGGUCCAGCGUCUGGAUAAUCAAUUGCGCGUGCAAAGGCGAACCAAGUACACCAGACGCUUGACCGCUCGCGUGGAACAGCUAACGGAGGUGCCAGAACUGGAGCAAGCGCAGCAGACGCGCUUCGUGCCGCUACAGAAUCGACCCAACAAGCGUAAACACAAUCCGAACAACGGCUCACGUUGCGUCUGUACCGAAAUUAAUGGGGAAUACUAUAAGCUUUACGAUCUGCCCGAUGAUGCUGAGUAUAUUGUUCCAAAUGCUGCACGUGGACCUUAAGCACGCAUUUCUAUAUAUAUAUUUUUGAUAAUUGAAAAACUCGUAUUGCUGAAAAUUCAUGAAAAAUACGUAGGGAUGUUCCGCGAGCGUAGAAGAAAAUAUUCUAAAAAAAAAAUGUUCAAAUAGUUGUGCCACAUUUUGAGAACGUGAAUUUUUUUCGAAAAAGCUUAAUGUAGUUAUUUAUAUAUAUAUAUUUUUUUUUUUGAUAACAAAAGAAGGAAUCUUCGGCUCAGAUUUACAGAA